GUGAGAGGCUUGUCUGGGGUGUGGACUUAAAAGAGGGCAGGGAAAAAGUGGGCGGACGGGUAGUUCCUAGUGUUUGUGCAUUUAGACUCUUAGUCUGAAAUUAGUGUCCUCGAGAGCAGGAGGAAUUAGACUUGAAGAGACACACAGCCAUCAAACACACAGUCAUCAUGCUGAUUCUCCUCGGUGCAAUCUUUGCCGUUCACAUCAUUGGCAUCAUCCUCCUCCUGGUGGCCACCAUUGACAAUGCCUGGUGGGUGACUGACGACAUGGCCACUGAUGUGUGGGCUCGGUGGAUAAAGAUGAACGGAGUGUGGAACUACACCGAUCUUCCCACAGGCUCACACUACCCACAGGAUUACCUCCAGGCAGUGCAGGCCAGCUCAGUCCUAGCUUGUAUAUUCUCCAUCCUGGGCAUCUUUGUGUUCGUGGCUCAGCUCUUCACCCUCAGCAAAGGACAGAGGUUCACCAUCUCUGGCAUCUUCCAGCUCCUUGCUUGCCUGUGCAUCAUGAUCGCAGCCUCCAUCUACACAGACCGCUUCCACCUGGAUGAGAGCACUGGUCAGUACGGUCACUGCUACAUCCUGGCGUGGAUCUCCUUCGCCCUCACGUUCAUCUCCUCCAUCAUUUACUUUGUGCUACGCAAGAAGACUGCGUGAGAAAGACACUAGAGCUAUCUCCGACCAGCCCAAAACCUUUUGGCUGGAUCUACUCUUUCAGCUGAAAUCUGGUUUUAGUCACGGAUGGGUUGGUGUUUAUAUUUGCCUGUUUAGGACAUCAGAUUUGAGCUGCUAGGUUAUAUUCAGCUACAGAUAUAGCAGACCUGUUGGUCCUCUCAAAUACAUACUAGUGUUUAAUUGAGUCUGCUGUCAGGUGUUUUGGAUAUUUCUGCAGUAAAAGGCAUGCUCAAUCAAUCACACUUGUAUUUGAGUGCAUUUUCAACCCAGAGUUUGGGCUGGAUUUCUUGAGGGCAUCUAAAGAUUAAGAAUGUUUUUGUUGUUAACUUAACAAAAUGUGCCUUAAUGCGUAUAAGAUGCUAUGAUAAAUUAAGAUCUAUCAAUGUUUGUGGCUUAUAAGAAAAGCAGUUUGAAGAGUAAAUUCUGUCUUUUUUGUUGUAAUGUACAUUUACAUAUGGAUAUGAGGGGGCGAGUUUAUCGUUUUAGUAUGUUGUUUUGUUUUACUUCAUUGUUACCAAUUUUCGUUUCAUUUAUCUGCUCUGGUCUUACUUUAUGUGCCACUAAUAAAACAGAGUGUAACUACAACAUAAGGCACUGAUUUUCAAAGUACUUGGCAAAGUCUUUAAAAAGAAUCCAUUGAUAUGUCACCUGUUGUAGAUGUGCGUGUGAUCUAAUGAUACGACUAUGCAAUAAUAUGAAGUGGUAAAUCAAUAAUAUAAUACAUUUGAGUUUUUUUGUAAUCAUUUCUGAUUAGGGAAGACAACAAACUGGUUUUAGUGCAGAAGUACAAUUCCAAAUCAUAUACGUACUCAACACUGUAACGUCCGCCUGCCCAGAAACUUUUACACUACAUUCUUAUAUUGAAAUAUUUUUAAAAAGGAAGUCAGAGAAAUACAUUUUCUGUCACACUCAUCUAGUAUGUAUGAAACUUACCAUUUUAUAUGAUUUAACUAAUCAAAUAGCUUAUACAUCCAACCAUAUACCGGUAAUGUAACACACCAUCACAACCUGUCAUAUACUUUGUAGUCUAUGUCAAAUUCGCUCUGUUUCCUCCGAGUGUGACAGAAAGGCGACUGCCUCGACUCCUAAAAGCUGAGAUAUUAUGUGUAAAUAUGUUUUGUUUCUCAUAAUGCUUUGUGUCCAAUGCUGUUUUAUUUUUGCUACCGUUAUUUCUCAUUACAGAUGACGAUUUUUACAAUAUUAAAACUUGAUUUUCAACCAAUUACUGAAAUAA